CUUGCAACUACUGUGAUCCGAGUACAGCUUACUCAGAGGAAGUGUGACACCUCGCUUUAAGUUCAUAUUAUAAUACCGAACACCCGCUGAGACCGCCAACGAAGGACUGUGCGUGGUGUUGCCCGUUGGCCCAGUGUUCGCAAUAAAAUAGCUGUUGCAUCCGAGCGUUGAAGACAGAGUGUUUGCAUAGCUGUUAUCUUUAGUAUUGAAGGAGCAGUGCUGCGCCUUGCGCAGCGGCGAACGGCGCGCUGGGUGGAGUCAACUCAACACCGAGUUUAUAUCCAAUGGCAGAGUCUGCACAAGAUGUGCGACGUAUGGCUCUUGCUGUACUACAUUCGCGGCUGAUGGAUGGCCGGCAGCUUGUAGACGAAUUUCGUGCUGUGAUUGCACGUGAUCAAGACAUCCAACACACGUUUAGGGCCGCCCAGUCGCCUGCGAACACGCCUAAGAACCGCUACGUCAACGUUUUGCCUUACGACUACAACCGCGUGCUCCUACAGUCAAGCUCCCAUAACUCAGCCCCCAAUGGCGCCGCAGCUUCUUCUGCUACCGGCCGCAGGAGCGGCAGCGGCACCGGUGAACAACCCCCCUUUCCCUCCUCCUCUUCCUCCGCCUCCUCAACCCCUCACGCACCCUCCGACUACAUCAACGCCAGCCACGUCAUCCACGAAGACGAUCAAUGUGACUUCUCCGUUGCCUACAUCGCCUGCCAGGGCCCCUUGGCCGCCACCGUACCCGACUUUUGGCGCAUGUGCUGGACUGAGGGCGUGGGCGCGGUGGUCAUGCUCACGAACACAGUGGAGCGAGGCGUCACAAAGUGCGCGCCCUACUACCCAACACAACCCGGAACUCGCCUAGUGCUCCGGAACCCGACCGGGGCAGCGGUGGCAGGGACGACAGCAACCGCCUCAGCAACUGGGUCGACGUCUUACGGGCCGCGCUCAUCCUCCUCUCAGCACCACCAGCAGCAACACCAGACUGACGGACGGAUCGCCGCCUCCGCGGCUUCAGCCUCCGCGGGGCCGCAGGAGGUCCUGGUGCAGUCCUGCCGCUCGCUGCUCGGAGGCGACCUAACGCACACGCAGCUGCAAAUGCUGCCGUACAACACUCUGCACGACAACAACGGCGGCAACUCCUCCGACGCUGCCGCCGCCGCCACAGGUACCGUACCGCCUCGUGGGGUGGCGCAUCUGCGGUACAACGCCUGGCCGGAUCACGGCACUCCCUCCGACGCGGGCGCUAUCCGCGCGAUGUGCGACAUGUUGCGACCCAUCGAGGCUGCGGGAGGGGCUGUGGUGGUGCACUGCAGCGCGGGCAUUGGGCGCACUGGGACCUUUUGCGCGAUUGACAUCCUGCGCCGGCGGCUGGAGCAUCUGCAGAAGGAGGCGGAGGUACGGCCGGGAUCCGUACGACAGGACGAUGUGCAUGCUGCGUUGAAUUUGCCUGAGCUGGUGCAGUCGUUACGGCGACAGCGGGGUGGCAUGGUCCAGACGAUGGAGCAGUAUGCGUUCUGCUAUCAGGCGGUGUUUGAGGAGCUAACUGAGGCGGGGCUGGAGGGGUUGGU